GGUGUUUACAUCCGGAGCGGAGCGGCAGCAGCAUCAGCUUAGCUCUCUGCUAACAACAGUGGUCGUUUUACUUUUACAGUUUAUGGUCGACAGCAGCCAUGGGGAAGUCGUUUGCCAAUUUUAUGUGUAAGAAGGAUUUCCACCCUGCUUCAAAAUCAAAUAUUAAAAAGGUAUGGAUAGCCGAACAGAAACUGACUUUCGAGAAGAAGAGGCAGGAGGAUCUUAUGCAGGCAUAUCUAAAAGAGCAGGACACUUACAACAACAGGGUGUUGAUGGGAGAUGAUCGAGUUAAAAAUGGUCUCAACUUCAUGUACGAGGCUCCACCCGGAGCAUCUAAAGAAGAGGAAAAAAAAGAGGAUGGACAAGAAGAAUGCAAGUUUGAGUGGCAGAAAACGGCUCCUCGAGAGAAGUAUGCAAAGGAUGACAUGAACAUUAGAGAUCAGCCAUUUGGAAUCCAGGUGCGUAAUGUGAGAUGCAUCAAAUGCCACAAAUGGGGUCACGUGAACACGGACAGAGAGUGUCCCCUGUACGGACUGUCGGGGAUCAACGCCAGCUCUAUGGCCCCAGAGGAGGCACCAGGUCCGUCGAUGCACCCCUCAGAGUUAAUGGCGGAGAUGCGAAACAGCGGGUUUGCCCUAAAAAAAUGUGUCCUUGAUACGAAUUCUAUUGUCAGCGAUCCAUCACAGCAAUUUGUUGCCAGUGAUGAGGAGGAGGACCCUGAGGUGGAAUUUCUGAAAUCACUAACGACGAAGGAGAAGCAGAAACUCCUCAGAAAACUUGAUCGGAUGGAAAAGAAGAAGGCCAAGAAGAAGAAGAGCAAAAAGCAGAAGAAGAAAAGCAAAAGAAAACACAAGAAGAAGCAGGAGAGCAGUGACAGCUCGAGUGAAUCCUCCAGCAGCAGCAGCAGUGAGAGUGACGAUGACUCCGCUUCAGACGGUCACAGCAAGUCCAAGAGCCGAAAGAAGAAGAAAAACAAGAAAGGAGAGUCCCGUCGGGAUAACAGCUCCGAGAGCGAGCCACAAGUCAAGAGUCAAAGAAAGGCCUGUUCUCGCAGGAGCAGGUCACCGAGCCCUAAAGAGUCUGGAGAUCAGAGACGGGGGAGAACGGAGAGGGGGGGGAGCAGGAGUCGCAGCCCUGGAGCCAAGAUCACUUCGGAGGGAGGUCAAGACAGAAAGAGGCACAACAGCAGGGACAGGCAGAGACCGAGCAGCUCCAAGGCGGGACCGGACAGAAGUAGGAGCCGCGAGAGACGCAGGGAGGACCAAAGUAGAGAUCCGUGUCACAGCGGAGAUGGAGAGAGGGACAGAAGAAGCACAGAAGGAAGGAAAGGCAAAACAGCUGACAGGAGGAGCAGAAGCAGAGAGAGGAGGAGAGACGACAGGGAGGACGGAGGACGAAGUAGGAGCAGAAGCAGAGAGAAGAGGAACCAAAGGAAGGACAGAGGGAGAAGUGGGAGCAGAAGCAGAGAGAAGAGAGACGAAAGGAAGGACAGGGGACGAAGUAGGAGCAGAAGCAAGGACAGAAGAGAGAGAAGCAAAGACAGAAGACAAAGAAAACACUAGUUUAUUACUUCAUUUUGUUUCCUCGUGCAAAAUAUGUGAAAAAAUACAUAUAUUUCCCCCCUUUUUUUUAAGUGAGGACUUAGAUUUUGGAAACCCGUAGUAGCCCAGGGCUCUGCUCUAGGAAUUGUGCUAAGUGUGCGUUAUUCUCAUUUUUGUCCAGUAGAGGGGAGCAGUGGACAGAUAAUGUGGAAAAACAUCUCAUUUAUCUCUGAUGCUGUUUGUUUUUUUUCUUUUUUCUUUAAGAAGCCUGCUGUAUGAAAGGGUUCAAAUUGAUUAAUACUGCAAGCAAUUUUACCGCUGAACGGUUGAUGGGAACAUGUUGGACUCACUUUCAUUCAGUUGCAAGAAACACGGUUUUUGUUUUUAUCCCACUCGUGUCAGUAUAGAAAUACUCUUGAAAACAUGUAAUAUUUGAACAGCUUACAACUGCUGAAAAUGUUAAACUUAUGCUUUAUGAAUAAAAUUUAGAAAAAAAUCUGUUUAAAAUUGU